AAAAAUACCAUUUUCUUUUCACUUGAUAAUAUGAUCAUUUGUCGUGAACAAGCUAUUUGUAUUUUUUAUUGUAAAGAGUUUACUGAAGAAAAUGUAGCGAUUUGCUCCAAAAAAAUAGAGGACAUUGGUGAUGUAGACAUUUGCUAUUUAGUUGAUCCUACUGAUCCAGUUCUGGUGUUGGACAUAAAAGUCAACACUUUACCGUUCAAAUUUCAUCGUUAUAUAUCGAAUUAAGAAGAAUCAAAUUCAAAAAUUUCUUCUCAAGAAACACAAGAAAAAGAACGCGUACAAUUAAGUGAGUUUGGGUUGUAACUACAUAUUAGAAAAUCGAUUUGUUUAACUUUUGUUUUAACACUUAUAUUGUUAUAUCACCAUUUUUUUCUUUGUCGGUCCUUUUUGACGGAAAUGUCUAGAACUCCGUAUUUUUUUCAAACGUAUUUUUUUCAAAUAAACGUAUUUUUUAGAAUCACACGAUGGUCUACACGUCGAUUGACAUGCCAUAUC